CAAUAAUGAGAAAGGCAUGUGUGACAGGCUUAUAAGGAUUAUAUGAUUCACCGUUUAGAGUUGAUGUUAUAGUUACUGCGAAUCAGGAAGUUGGAAGAGUAAUAUCAACACCUUAUACAAUAUUAUAGCAUUGCUUUGAAGACUCGGUAGAAAUUAAACUGCUGCUAUAAAGCUCUCCGAUAAGAAUACAAGCAAGCCAAUUUUUCAGUUUAAAUAUACAGAGAACAUGUACUCAUCAUCAUGCAGCUUGGAUCUAGAAACUGAAACUGGAACUCAAAGGCCACAUGAGUGCAAUUUUAGUAAUAGGAGUUUUUUUCAAUCAAGCUAUUUAAAAAGACAUAAAAGGACACAUAUGGGAGGGAAGUUACAUGAAUGUGAUGUUUGUAAGAAGAUAUUUCGUGAAAGGAGCGAUUUAACAAGACAUAAGAAAACACACACUAGAGAGAAACCUUAUAAAUGUGAUUUUUGUAAGAAGAUAUUUUCACAUGUUAGUAUUUUGGUUAAUCAUCAAAAAACGCACACCGGAGGAAAGCCUUAUAAGUGUGAUUUCUGUAACAAGCAAUUUUCACGCAGUUACUACCUGGCUAUACAUAAAAGAACACACACUGGCGAGAAACCAUAUAAAUGUGAUGUUUGUAAGAAGAGAUUUUCGCGUCGUAACAAUUUGGUUAGACAUCAAAAAACACACACUGGGGAAAAGCCUUAUGAAUGCGAUGUUUGUAAGAAGAAUUUUUCACGUGCUAAUAAUUUAGUAACGCAUCAAAGAACACACACUGGGGAGAAACCUUAUGAAUGUGAGAUUUGUAAGACGAGAUUUUCGCGUAGUAAUAAUUUAGUUAGACACCAAAGAACUCACACUGGAGAGAAACCUCAUGAAUGUGAUAUUUGUAAGAAGAGAUUCUUACAGCCUGCUGGCUUAGCCAAACAUAGAAGGACGCACACUGGGGAAAAACUUUAUGAAUGUGAUGUUUGUAAGCAGCGCUUCUCACAGUAUGGUGGUUUAGCAAGACAUCAAAGAACACACAGUGGAGAGAAAGAUUAUGAAUGUCAUGUUUGCGAGAGAAGGUUUUGUACUUUUGCUCAAUUGACUGGUCAUAAAAGAACACACACAGGAGAAAAAUCUUAUGAAUGCGAUAUUUGUAAAAAGAGAUUCUCGCAAUCUAGUAGCGUGGCUAGACAUAAAAGAAUGCACUCUGGAGAGAAACCUUAUGAAUGUGCUAUUUGUAAGAAGAGAUUCUUACAGCGUGGUGGCUUAUCAAGACAUGCAAAAACACACGCUAGAAAGAAACCUGUUGGAUUUGAUGAUUGUGGGAGAGAUUUCGAGAUUCUUCUGACAUGAUUAUUCUUCGCACAUUAAGAAUCGUGUAGCACACCGUUUAAUUUGGUAAGAUUCAACAUUUUCGGUGGACGGCCCCAUGUCACUGGCAAACGGUUUAAUUUCAAAGUUGGAGAGACAGAGCGGAGUUGAAAUAAAGAAAGGUAGAUAUUUUUCUCCGUCCCAACUAGGGUGAAAAAGGAUAAUCGCGAGUACCAAACUUGUUGUAAAAUAGAAAAUUGUGUAGCUGUGAAAAGUUCGGCGCUUACGUAGUCCUAAUGACUUGCCUAUGUCGCGCUCCUCAAUACAUUGAUUAUAGUAAGUACAUUAUCGAAAUCGAAACAAAAACUGUUAAUUUUUAGUAAAUUAGCUUGUAGGUGCACCACGUAAGCUUAGUUAGCUUGUAUUACCAACAAGCUAAUUUACUUAUUGAUGUCACCAUGCAAGCAUACAAGAAUAUUAAUAACUUUAGAUUAAAGUUUAUUAUCGAAUUACACCAGACAUUUUGGCAUAUAUAUUUUGCUGUUGUUGAAUAGUUUAACUGCCUUUUGACAUUAGCUACAAAGGUUGAUAAUUUUCAUAAAAAGGCUUGCUAUCAGUACCACCAGUAUAUGUACUACCAGACGCAAGCGCGACAUAUAAUGUAAUGUAUAUAAUGAACCACCAGACGCAAGAACGAUAUAAAAAUAGAAGAACACGCAUGCAAUAUCCCCUCGCCUGAAGCCAUUACAGUAGUCCCUCGCUAACUCGAACCUCCAAGG